AUGGGCAGAGCCUUAACCGUCUCCCUGGCGGUCUUCACGGCCACGGGGUCGUUCCUGUUUGGAUAUGACUCGGGCGUCAUGACGGAUGUGAUUGAAUCGACGAACUUCUUGGCCUACUUUAACACUGAUCAGACGUCUGCCAUCAUAGGAGCAAUCAACAGUACCUUCUCCGGGGGUGCGGCAAUUGGCGCUCUCCAGGGCGGCCUUACGAUGGACCGAUUCGGCCGCAAAUUCACCAUCCAGAUGGGUGCGUUCAUCUGUCUAGUCGGGGCGAUCCUUCAAGCCUCCGCGCAGAAUCUGGCCAUGAUUCUGGUGGGCCGCAUCCUGGCUGGCUGGGCGGUUGGCCUCCUGAGCAUGGCGGUGCCCAUCCUUCAGGCUGAAUACGCGCAUCCACGAUCCCGCGGUCUGAUUAUCGGGCUGGCGCAGCAGAUGAUCGGGGUGGGAUUUAUCGUCAGCACCUGGGUCGGGUAUGGAUCACUCCAUGCGCCGGAUACCAGCCAGUUUCAAUGGCGAUUUCCCUUGGCCUUUCAAACGGUCCCUGCCCUGAUUCUCGCCGUGGGAAUGUUCUUCCUGCCCGAGUCGCCAAGACAUCUGAUCGAAAAGGGGCGUUAUGAAGAGGCUAUGAAGGUGCUCAGAAAGCUGCAUUUCAACGGUUCCAACGAGGAGUGGAUUCAGCGGGAAUAUACCGAGAUCAAAGCGACAAUUGAGGCGGAGAAGGCAAUCACAGCCCCCGGUUGGACUAUCAUGUUUCGCGUACCGCAGUGGCGGACACGAUUGCUUCACGGCGUGGCAGUACAAGUGUUCACUCAGAUGACCGGAGUCAACGUCAUCAACUACUACCAAACGAUCAUGUACAACGCGCUCGGGAUCACUGGGCACCGUAACACCCUCGUGGCAGGGAUCUACAACUGCAUAGGACCGCUGACCAACUUCCUUUUCAUCAUAUUCCUCUCUGACCGCGUAGGCCGUCGUCGACCGAUGCUCUUCGGGACCAUUGGUCUGACGAUUGCGUUGAUCUGCGAAGCCGCUCUGAACUCGAGAAAUCCAGACGGCUCACGGAUCGGUCACCAGCCCUCUCGUGAAACAAUAGGGAUGAACGAGUUGACGAUUCGCAAAAGGACCUACAUGGCCGAAGUCAUGCCCAUGCAGAUUCGAGGCAAGGGAAGCGCCUUCGCGACCGGAAUCGGCAACUGGGCAGUGAGUACAUUGUGGGCGCAGGUCUCACCGAUUGCCCUUGGCCAUCUGCAAUGGAGGUACUAUUUCGUCUUUGUUGGAUGGAACGUCUGCGUGACGCUUCCUGUUAUUUUCUUUUUCUUCAAGGAGACCAAGCAGAAGUCUCUGGAAGAGAUCGAUCUGCUCUUCGGUGGCAGAGCAUUGGGCACCCUGCCUGAAGAUCUCAAUAGUGAGGUGGACGUGUUUAACAUUCACCAGAAAGAGGGGAAGUCUGCGGAGACGGUACAUGCAGAGCGAGUUGCGUGA